CGCAUCCAGCGCGCGCGACUCGCUCUUUUGUCUUCUUCAAAAGCUACCCCUACACCGAUAAGCUCUGAAAUUCCUUCCUUUGUUUCCCUCUCUAACCAACCCUUUCACUGUGUACCAUUCCGUACUUUCUCCUUCUCCAAAAAUCCUUUUUUUUUUAUUUUUUAAAAAAGAAGCUUCAACUAAUGGCGACUCAGAGGUCAGCUCCUAAGCGGCGGAGGUACUCUUCCCAGAAAGCCUACUGCUGAAUUUCAAAAAGACCCAUCUUUUUUUUCAUCUUUCUUCUUUUCCCCUCUAUACUUUGAGAAAUAAAAAAAGCCCCAUCCAUUUCUUCAAGAUUAGAUUUUUAUGAUCUCUCUGACUUGGUUUCUCAAUGUCGUUUGACUUACGUUGAUAAAGACUUCACCAUGAGGGCAAUUUCAAGGAUUUACUCUCUGAACACCUUCUUUUAGUUUUUAGUUUUUUUUUUGUUUUCUUUUUGGGGGAUUUGCAGAAGAAAAUUUUAGUCUUUGAGUUGUGGGCAGUGAGGAAUGGGAAGGGAUGAAGAUUCUUUACUACUACUACUACUACUUCUAUCAACUGAGGGGCCGCCGAUAACGAGGCGAGCAGGGCUGAGGAGGAAACAAGCUGGGAGAGGAUCAUACAGAGGAAGUUAGGUUUUAGUAGGACAACUAUUUUAGAGGGAGGGGGAAAGAAUUAGGGUUUCAAAUUUCUGUUGUGACUUGACCUGGUUUCAAGAUUUAGGAUUCUUGUUGGGUGGGUUUUAGAAUUGUUAGAAUUUCUGCUGGCUGAAAAGAAAAAAAGGAGGAGGAGAAGUUUUAGAAUAUGGGGUUCCAAUCGCGCCGAGCUCUCAAGAAACUUUGCUGCAACACUGCUUGGAAGUAUGCUGUUUUCUGGAAGCUCACGCAUCGUGCCCGGAUGGUGUUGACUUGGGAGGAUGCCUACUAUGGUGACGAUGAGAAGAAGUUGUUCUCUAAUGGGCAUCAUUCACACGACGAUGCUCUUGGUUUAGCCGUGGCAAAGAUGUCAUAUCAUGUUUAUUCUCUAGGGGAAGGGAUUGUAGGACAAGUUGCUGUAAGUGGUAAACAUUUGUGGAUCUCUAGUGAUAAAUGGGUGGUGAACCAGAGCUCCAUAUUCGAGUACGAUGAUGGAUGGAAAAAUCAGUUUUCAGCCGGGAUUAAGACCAUAGUUGUCGUGGGGGUUGGUCCUCUUGGAGCUGUACAGCUUGGAUCUUUGGAUGAGAUUCCUGAGAAUCUGAAGAUGGUCAAAGACAUAAGGGAUGUUUUUUUCUUGGAGGCCCGUGGUUCUAUGGACGGUGCUCACUUGCACAGUGCAAUGCCGAAUAAUGUGGAGACUUGUGUGUCAGAUAUGUACACAAGAACCUCCAGUUCUGAGGCAUAUCUUUAUUGCAUGAACAAUCAAAGCAGAAGUGUUGAGAACGGAACAAAUGUCAUCUCUUCUGAAGAUGCGUCUCUUGGACAAGGGCAACACAAUCAUCAUUCUCGCAUUGAUAAUAAAGUUCAUGAAGAAGUACCUAACAAACAUGAAAGAGAAGUACAAAUGCAGGAAGCUAUUCCUACAAUGAGUGAAUUGCAAGCUAGCAACUACUUAAGGGACUCAAUUUUAGAAGAUAAUGAGAAAUGUCUGAAGUAUAAUUAUACUAGUGACAAAGUUAUUGAUCCAGAUGAAUUGUUUUCUUUGCCAAAUCUUCUAAAUGCCAGUUUACAUAAAGAUCCAGAGAACAAUACCUUCCAGCCUACUGAUAUGAACACAAUUCAGACUCCCUUAAGCUACAACUAUCCUGGAUGGGAGCUCUAUGAGGUACUAGGACCUGCUUUUCAAAAGGGCAGUGGUGUCACUCUUUGGGAAACGGAAAAAUUUGAAAUGGAACCCGAGGUAACGGGUGAUAGCAGUCUGUUGAUGAGUGAGAGUACGACAGAUCAUCUUUUGGAAGCAGUGGUGGGAAAUGUUAGUUGUUACCAGGAGAGCGAUGCUAGCAGCGUCCCCAAGUCUUUCUCAAAACCUGUUGAAGUGAGAGAACCUUGCAGCAGUGAUGUGGGGACAUUAAGUUCAGCGGGAUAUUCGUUCAGCUCUUCAGGGGCACAUCUGGAAAGACAACAAGAACCAAUAAGAAGGAUGAAUAAAAAAAGGGCUAAACCUGGUGAGAGUUGUCGGCCCAGGCCAAGGGACAGACAACUGAUUCAAGAACGUAUCAAGGAGUUGCGAGACCUGGUGCCUAAUGGUUCAAAGUGCAGUAUUGAUUCACUUCUGGAGCGGGCAAUCCAACACAUGCUUUACAUGCAAAGUGUCACCAAGCAUGAUGAAAUGCUUAAUGAAUGUAAUGCAUCAAAGUGGCUUGGGAGGGAAUCGGUAACCCACAAGGAGCGUUCUUGUAAGGAGAAAGGCUCAAGCUGGGCAGUGGAAGUGGGCAGUGACUUGAGAGUUUGUCCUAUAAUUGUUGAAAAUCUGAGCACAAGUGGUCACAUGAUAGUUGAGAUGUUACUGAAAGACUGCAGCCAUUUUCUUGAGAUAGCAGAAGCCAUCAGGAGGUUGGAACUUACUAUACUCAAAGGGGUAGCAGAGGCUUAUGGCGAGAAGACACGCAUGCUCUUUGUGGUUGAGGGGCAGGAAAAUCGAGCAGUGCAUCGCAUGGAUGUACUAUUGUCACUGAUGCAGCUAAUAUCACCUGGGAUCAUUGUGUGAUCGGGAUCAAAAAUAAUUUUGUUACUAACAGAAGGAUAGUGUCGCGUGUAUUUGGUAUUCUGUUUUUAUUUGUGUAAUAACAAUAGUGAUAUGAGCUUUUAGAUUAUGUGUGGACAACUGAAAAUGUUUCCUUUCCAUGUUUUUGUUAGACUAAUUCUUAUUUACAAUGAAUAAUUAUUUGUUCAGGGUUCUUACCAAUGCAAUUUCAAACUCUGCUUCCCAAUGCAUUGUUAGUGUAGUUCCUAGUUACAUUGAAUUAAUGUUAAUUACUGCCUUUGUAAUAAUGUAUUUGUUCAGUU